AUGGCAACCACACAGAUUGAUCGGAUGGCCAGUCCCCAUCCUGAUUCGAUUAUCAUCCAAGAGUCCCUGAGCAUCGCCAUAGGGACAGUUUCGGACCCUAGCACACAAGUACAGGAAAAGAUCAUGUUUACAGAAGUUACAGAGACGACGGUCGGUCUACAUCCCAAAUGUACUGUACAGGUCCAAGGAGAGAGCAUCGUAUCCAACAUCACCAAACUCAGACCUGCCAAAGUCAAAAAGGAGAAGAAAGAUCAAAAGCCGCAACCGUCAAAGACAUCUAGUCUGCCAUUCUAUCAAUCCUUGGGCCGCAUGCUGUGGCAACAGAGCCGUGGUGUUGCAGUUCGUCGGUUCAGCAUGGUGGAAUCCCCAUCAGUGGCUGAGCGUCAAGCAAGAGUAGGAAAGGAUUCCCGUAGCCUUGGUGUGCCUGAUGCUGUUGCAUCCUCAUCGAGACAUAGGCACCUACGAACACUCAGCAACAAUGAAGACGGCGGUGUCAGCGAUCACAGUAUCAGCACGGGAUCCCUUUCGGACAUUCAACCUAAGGAUCCUGCCACCAGCAGUUUGAAAGGCGGUUUGUAUAAUCUCGAAGACUUUUAUCGCCUUGAAGCCAUCAAUCAGCUCAUUGCAGAUUACAGCUCGGUCUCACACAUGAGCGUUCGAGAUCCCAGUUACUCAUUUUGGCUCAACGGAACACGGACAGCUGCCGUCCACUUCAAACUGCUAAACAAGGUCGCGGUGCUUGCGGGAGAUCCACUGUGCGCACCCUCGGCUAUGCCAUCGGUACUGGAGGAAUUCGAACAGUACUGCCGCAGAAAUCGCUGGAAGAUGUCUGUCAUCGGCGCCAGCGAGUACAUGCUUGAAAUCGCCAAGCUGCGGAAAUGGCCUGCGAUGCGGUUCGGCACAGAAAAGGUCCUCAAUCCCAUGACGAAUGAAGUGCUCCUGGGCAAGAGUGGCAAAAGAACAACCGCACAAUGCAGACAGCUCUUAGAUCCCACGAAAGGCGGCCUGUCGCUGGGGAUCUACGUACCAUCCAAUGGUCGCGAGCUGGACCUCGAAGCUGAAUUGACUCGGAUCUACAACGAGUGGCGUGAUAGCCGCAACACCAGCCGCGACAACCAAGCAUUCAUCACAGUAUUUGACAUGUUUGCCAUGCCCCAUCUAAUGACGUUCAUCUACAGCACCGACUCCAGAGGAUGCAUCAAUGGUUUCGCUGCGCUACGUCGUAUGGGAAGCUCCGAAACGGGCCGCUUUCACAUUGACCCGUUUAUUCAGUCCUCCUCAGCUCCUCGUGGAACCUCAGACCUCCUUGUGUUCGCGUCGUUGGCAUAUCUUCACGAGCUUGGUGCGACAUACCUGGGUCUGGGCCACGAGCCGGUCAGCGAGCCCGACUCCAUCUGGAACAUGAACAGUAUGAUAGUCAGCGCCACGCGGCGCGUGUAUCGACACAUCUUUGGACGUCUACCCGUGGGUGGGAAAGAGACGUUUAACUCUCGCUGGAAGCCAGACACGGAGCAAGAGGCCGGCCUCUACCUGAUCUUCGUGGGCCGCAAGACACCAAGCCCAAAGCACUUACUUGCCAUGACGCAUUUCGCGAAUAUCAGUUUGCGUAACGUGCUUAAGGCAGACUGGAAGGAUCUCAAACAGGAACUGCACGUCCCUGUUGCUAGUCCUGAGUUGAUGUUGUAUGCUGGGACAACUCUACCUGUGUCUCCGCCAGCUGUUAGUGACCAUAGACAGACCGAGCAAUGA